AAAUACAAUAAAAUUUUGGAAAAAAUUAUUGUAUAUAUAUAUAUAUAUAUUAAAGGCCAUAAUACAGAACUAUAAAAAGUCAAACCCACACUUAAUUGUUAUGACAAUAUUACACCAAAUUUAAAAAUUCAUACUUAAAAAAAGAAAAAGAAAAAAAAAAGCACAUAACUCACAAAAGCCCAUGGCCAUAGGUGAAGACAAAGAAGACAAAAGGCCGCUUAGAGACGGCCACUCAACUUCACCACUCUUCUUCUCUAAUCUCUCUCUGUAGCCGGCUUUCCUCUCUCUUCUCUUCCCUUUAAAAUCCUUAUUCUUUGGCUUUGGAUAUCUUAUUAUUUAUGACCCAGUCCUCCCUUUUAUUUCUCUCUCUCUCCCUACUAAAACUACCUUCUGAUCAUCUAUACACAUUUUUUAACGUGGGUUUUCCUUCUUCUCUUCUCUACAUAUUUUUAGCUCAAGUGAACGUAAUUUAAUGGCGAAGAUCUCACAACAAAGGCAAAGGAACAACAGCAAUAACACUAAUACUAGUGCAAAAACUGGCACCAACCCUUCUUCAACCAAGGCUAAACGAACUAGAAAAACUGUCCCUAGAGACUCUCCUCCUCAACGUAGCUCCAUUUACAGGGGUGUUACAAGGCAUCGAUGGACCGGACGGUAUGAGGCUCAUUUGUGGGACAAGAAUUGCUGGAAUGAAUCACAAAACAAGAAAGGAAGACAAGUAUAUCUAGGUGCAUAUGAUGAUGAAGAAGCUGCUGCACAUGCCUAUGACUUGGCAGCAUUAAAGUACUGGGGGCAAGAUACCAUCCUUAAUUUCCCAUUGUCAACUUAUGAAGAGGAGCUCAAAGAGAUGGAGGGUCAAUCAAAAGAAGAGUAUAUUGGAUCCUUGAGGAGGAAGAGCAGUGGUUUCUCUCGUGGGGUGUCCAAAUAUAGAGGUGUUGCAAGACACCAUCAUAAUGGAAGAUGGGAGGCUCGAAUUGGAAGAGUUUUUGGUAACAAAUACCUCUACCUUGGAACAUACGCCACUCAAGAGGAGGCAGCUACAGCUUAUGACAUGGCAGCUAUAGAGUACCGUGGACUUAAUGCCGUUACAAAUUUUGACCUUAGCCGUUACAUCAAAUGGCUCCGUCCUAAUAACCCUCAAGAAAACCCUACUUCUGAUGCUAAUCCUAUGCCAAACCCUACUCAAGAUCUUGGAUUAACUUUCACAGCCCACCACCAAAGCUCAACCGCCACAGCGGAAACCACCAUGCCUCUGCCAACAUGUGGUGGCGGAGGCGGUGGCUCGGCUUCAUCUGCAUUAGGGCUUUUGUUGCAGUCAACGAAGUUCAAGGAAAUGCUAGAAAGAACAUCAGCCAAUGAUUGCCCUAUGACACCACCCGAGUCUGAACCGCCUCGUCGGAGCUUCCCGGAUGACAUUCAGACUUUCUUCGAUUGUCAAGACACUGGCAGCUUCACGGAGGGUGAUGACAUAAUAUUUGGAGAACUAGAUGCAUUUGCUUCACCUAUUUUUCAUUGUGAACUUAAUGAUUAGAGAAGAAUACUCGGCAAAAUAAGCAUAUAUCCUUGCAAUAUAUCGUAUUAGGGUUUUGUGAAUAUAUGGAGUUAAGGAUGGUGGCAGCAGAUAACACGAUGAUGACGAUCAAGGGUAAGGAAAUAGAGACAAUACAGAAUAUUCUUUUUGUUUUUCUUCACAUAUGGCUUCUCUUCUUUCUGAAAGAUGUGAAUAGAAGAGAGUUUCUUAAUUUUUAAUUUUAAUUUUAAUUUACAUGUAGAUAUAUAAAACAAAUUAGUUGACAUUCAUUUAUCAAUUAUUUUUUCUAAUUAAUAAGACAAAUUUGGCAAGUAUUAUGGGCC